UUCCCAAAAUGCAAAUUUUUGUUCAAAUUAAAUAAAUAAAAUAAUAUUAAAAUUUAAUGCGUAUUCUGUAAAUUUAAAUAUAUAUAUUAUUAUUUUUAAACUUGUCACAAAUGCUGGGUUCUCUUCAAGCUUAAUAAGUGAUCCGCGCAGCAUUUGAGCAAGAAGUUCUUAAUGCCCAUAACUCUUAUCGGGCCAAGCAUGGUGCUUCACCCCUGAAAUUAAGCCCCAAACUGAAUCAGUUGGCCUCCGAAUGGGCCAAGUAUUUGCUGUCGAGAAAUUGCAUGGAGCAUCGGCCGAACAGUGGGUUUGGGGAGAACAUCUACAUGGCCUCCGGGGGAAAUCUUGAAGGAUCAGAUGCCGUCCGAUCCUGGUACGAAGAGAUCCGCCAUUUCAACUGGAAUAAUCCCUCCUUUCAAGGCAACACGGGCCAUUUCACUCAGGUGGUUUGGAAGAGUUCCACUGAGUUGGGCGUCGGUUUUGCCAGAAGGGGCAAUACCAUCUACAUAGUGUGCAAUUAUAAUCCCCCUGGAAAUUACAACAACUUGUACAAGGAAAACGUAGAUCCACCAAGGCGAUAAAUAUGUUAUGAUUCUAUAGUGACGCUAAUCUAAGUAUUUUGUAUCAGAAUCUGUAAAUUAUUAUAGGUUGCUAUCAACAUUCCACAAAAAAUUCCUUUAGGUAUUACGAACACAAGCUUUACAAAAUCACUUUUCUAAUAUAUACAUUCCAAAGAAACUUACGAAUUUUUUAAAACAAAAUAUGUAUCGCCACAAAAUAAAAUUCUAAUUUUUUAUGUAGUAUUUUUAUGACCAACAGAAAUAUUAUCGAAUGUACAUAAA